AAAACAAACCCCACCAAACCCAUCUAUAAAACGUGGCGGUGGUGGUGUUGCGGCGUUCUCUUCUUCAAACAAUCAAGCGUGCUUGGAUUUUAGAAGAGGCGUAUCCAUGUUGCCUUCUUCUUCUUCUUCGCUUUCGUGUGUUGGCGCUUCGAGUUCGAGUUCGAGUUCGAGUUCGACAAGUGCAGGUGCAAGCACAAGUACAAUAUCCCCUGAGGAGUUAGCAGAGAUACAAAGCUACUUGGAUAGGAGAAGCAGACAUGUUGUUAAAACCAUCGUAAGCCCUGGCGGAGUUGUCUUCGAUUGUGUUCCCUAUGAUAAGCAACCAGCGUUUGACAAUACUCCUCCGAUAAUGGAUUACAAAAUUCCGGACAUAUCAAAAUUCGGGAUACGAUCUGCCUCAGAUACGACUACUUAUACCCCACGGGUGUGCUUGCAAUGCCCAGAGGGAACGGUGCCGAUACCGAGGUUGACGCUGGAGGACAUGUUGCGAAUCAGAUCUUUGCCUAACGGUGGCAGGAAAACGUGGUGCCCGGCAAUGAUUGUUCGGAACCCUCCAGAUUCCAAAUGAGAUUUGUGGUUUUCCUUCAAUAAUGAGUCAUAUUUUUUAGACGUACUAGCGAUCGACUAAUCCAUGUGAUGUCGAGAAUAUUUAUAUAAAAGUAUAAUAUAAAAGUUUGUUAAUUUAGUUAUUAUUAAUAAUAACUAUCUUUACUGCUACUAUUAAAAGAUUUUAUAUAUGAAAUUGUUAUAUAAUCAUAUGUUAUUUAAAUAUUUUAUACGUUUUUGUGAACUCACCGGAACUGUGUCGAGCCAGUACUACUUCUGCCUGAUCACUCACUCCCGUUCGAAGUUUACACGGACGCCUCGGACUAUGCUACUGGGGGGGUACUCGUAUAAGAUGGUCACCCUGUAGCCUUCGAGACCGAGCAGCGGUACGCAACCCAUGAGAAGGAGAUGACAACAGUAGUGCAUUGUCUCCGGGCGUGGAGACACUAUCUCUUUGGAUCCUGAUUCGUGGUCAAGACAGACAACGUCGCUCUGAGUUAUUUUCAGACUCAAAAAAUGCUCACUCUGAAACAGGCGAGAUGGCAAGACUUCCUAGCAGAGUUCGACAUGGUCUUGGAGUACAAGCCAGGAUGAUGUAACCAAGUUGCUGAACUUGCUACCCUUAAAACUCUCUCCAAUGAGAGGGCAAGUCAAGUACAAGCGACUUUGCAAGAGAGGAUUCGUGAAGGGUUGGAGAAGGAUCCCACGAUAGUGACUCUCAAGCAACUGAUUGACGAUGGCAAUGUGCGAAGGUUCUGGAUCCAGGACGGCCUCAUCAAAACAAAGGGGGAUCGAGUGUACGUGCCGCGGGCGAGGAACCUGAGAAGAGAACUGCUCCAUGAGUGUCAUGACACUCUGUGGGCAGGCCACCCGGGCGUACAUCGAACCCUGGCCCUUAUGGAAAGGGCCUAUUAUUGGCCAAAAAUGGGGGAGGACAUCGAAGAAUAUGUACGCACCUGUCUUACAUGCCAGCAAAACAAGGUAGAGCGAGAGAAGCCGUGUGGGCUGUUGGAGCCCGUACUAGUGCUGGAGCGGCCAUAGGAGAGUGUCUCCUUGGACUUCAUCGCCAGCCUACCAAAGGUGGGGGAGUUCGGUUCGAUUCUUGUUAUAGUGGACCGAUUUUCAAAGUAUGCCACUUUCAUCCCCGCAUUCAUAAGUUGUACUGUUGAGGAAACGGCACACCUAUUCUUGAAGCAUGUAGUGAAGUAUUGGGGAGUCCUACAGAACAUCAUCAGUGAUAGGGAUUCCUGCUUCCUCGGGCGGUUAUGGACGGAGCUCUUCAAGCUCUUGGGUUCCAAACUAUACUUCUCUACUAGCCUACACCCCAGACUGACGGCUAGACUGAAAGAAUAAAUGCUCUGCUUGAGCAAUAUCUUCGGCACUUCGUAAGUGCCAACCAACGAGACUGGGUGAAGCUACUUGAUGUAGCCCAGUUCUCGUACAACCUGCAGCGGAGCUCUGCGACCAACAAAAGCCCCAUCGAGAUCAUCACCGGCCAGCAACCUUCUACACCACAUACUUUGGUCAUCAGGUAUACAGGCAGCAAUCCCUCAGCUUACCACCUUGCCAAGGAGUGGCAUCGUAAUGAUGAGAUCGCCCGAGCCUACUUGGAAAAGGCGGCAAGAACUAUGAAGAAGUGGGCCGAUAAGGAUAGGCGGCCUCGAGACUACAGCAAAGGCGACCUUGUGCUGGUCAAGCUCCAACCAGCAUCCUUGAGAGUGUUCCGAAAGGUGCACAAAGGUUUGGUCCGGAAGUAUGAAGGCCCCUUUCCUAUCGUGGGCAAGGUGAGAAAGGUCUCCUACCAUGUGCAGCUUCCGGCGUGGCUUAAAAUCUACCCGGUAUUCCAUACGAGCUGCCUGAAGCCCUACAAUGCCGACCGCAAAGAUCCCUCAAGGAACAUCCCAACUCGCCCCACCCCCACAAUUUCCUCAGUCGAGAGGCGAGUUGACAAGAUUCUGGCGGACAGAGUGCGAAAGCUACCUAGUGGAGUAGCUGAAAGGGAGUUCCUCGUCCAGUGGAAGAACCUGCCAAAGGUUGAAGCCAGUUGGGAGCGUAAAGAUGCACUUCGGCAUGAAGAAGACCGGAUCAGGGAGUACCAGCAGAAGACCUUGGCGGAUACGUCGGGAUAAACAAAGCACGCAUGGAGGUACAAGCUGAAGACCUCGACGAGGGCGUCGAGAAAUCAAGUGGGGGAGUCUGUCAGGGUCCUUUUUAGUUGUCAACGGCCCUGACUUUGUCAAUAACAUUGAGUUUGUAAAGAGUCUAUAAAUGUUGUGUCGUGCACGACGUCGACAUAGGAUUUUCCUUCUUUGAGAUGGGGAUUGCUUGUAAAUUGGCAUCCGGUUGGCUACCCGUGGGUUCACUUGUGCUACGCAUCCAAGGGGACAUAGGUAUUUCGCUAACGAUGGCCGCUUAUGCGACGAAUUGAGCCGGACGCGUGUCGGACAUGAGUCGGCGGCCUAUUUUCCCAUAGGUGUGCGGAGUGGAAAAACGUACCCCUCGGUGAACACCUUUGUACUCCCGGGGUGCCAAAUGGGUGGAUGCCAAUAUAGGGUAGUACGGGAAGGUUGGGUGAGAUGUAUUAAGUGAGCCCGCUUCGCUAAAUGCGUAGAGUCUUGGUGAUCAUUUUGCCCUCACCGGCCAUGCCCGACCAAGUCGAGUCUUGUGCCUUUCGCUUGUAGUCUAACUUUUCGUUAUCAAUAAAAUACUCGUUGUUUGUGCCAA